GCGGAGCUCCGCUGGGCCAAUGGGAGCUGCGCCGCGGAAGGCGCCGCCCUGGUGAUGUCUGCGGCCGCCCAGUAGCGGCCGGAGGGUUGCUGGCCGGCGCCAUGUCUAGCCGAGGAGUCUGGGGUCGCGUCCGGCAGAGGCUGCAGCGCUUCCCCGAGUUGCUGGCGGGUUGUGGGGAGCAGGUACGGGGCUGGCCCGCCCCCUUGUCAUGGCAACGACACCCUUCUCCCUCCCUCUCUCUUCCACGGCCAGGGGACACUUUUCAUUGGGAGAGCUGAGCAAUGCACGUGUGUGUUUGUGUGUGUUUAAAGUAAUCCUUAAAACAAAAGAUUAAAUCAGAUGUAAUUUAGUGUCGAUCUGUUAAAAAUAUGGGUGUGGGUGUGUGUGCGAUAUUUAUUGAUUUUCCAGAUUUUUAACAUACCCACGCCAAAUUACAUCUGAUUUAAUCUUUUGUUGUAAGGAUUACUUUAUUAUUUGGCCAAAAUAAAAAAGUAAAUAAAGUAAUCCUUACAAGUAGAUCAGUAUCAGCAACCCCACCAUGGGCGUAGCCAGGAUUUUUGUUAGGUAAAGGCAGGGUUUUUGUUAGUGAGGAGGCAGAACUGACGUGAUUUGGUCAGUUAGUUAAGUAUUUCUAGUGUUUUACUUGAUCUAGAGGGGCAGCUGACCCUCCCGAUCCCCCUUGGCUGCGCCCCAUAGCUGUCAACUUUUCCCUUUCCUUGCGAGGAAUCCUAUUCGGAAUAAGGGAAUUUCUCUUUAAAAAGGGGAAACAUUGACAGCUAUGCUACGACCAUGAACCCCACAAGUGCCACACGAAAGAUCUCAGGGGAAAAGGCUGCCCGGGGUGGUGGGAAAAGGUCCCUCCCCGCUGUAUGUGAAAGGGAGAGCUUUGAAGGCACUGACCGGCAGGCUGACAGAUCAACCAAUCCAUGCUUCUUAAGUGCUUGCCCACCUUCCUGCAAGCUUUUUGCACGCACCACACGCCCGUUGCAUUCCCUCCCUGCAGAGUCCCCGCCCUAAAAAUCUGAAAAAGAAUGGCUAGGUGUUCUGGGCUUAGCCCUCAAGAAACCAGCAAGGUUGAACCAAGUAUCUAUGUGCUUGUAUAUUUAGAUAUAGCAUCUGACUGGGAUUGAUCUUUGCAGGCCUCCGUGUACGGCAAGUGCGUUGCCUCCAAGACGACAGGCCACGGGGACCUGAAGAAGGAUGCUUGUGCCAAGGAAUUUGAGAUGCUGAUGGACUGCUUCAUGAAGAGCGUGAGUCACUUGCAUCUCCUUAACUUUUGAGAGUGAGGCCAGCAUCUUUAUUUAGUGCUGCCCUUAGGCUGUGGACUACUACAGAAUAGGAGAGCUAGGUCUCCCUUCUUUUUUUAUGUUCCUGGAGCUCUAGAGCUGGGACAAGUAACCCUUUUUCAGCUCAAGAGCUGCAUUCCCUUCUGGGCAGCCUUCAGAGGAUUGCAUGGCAGUGGUGUGCAGAGCCAGAGUAAGUAUGUAUAUGAGGAGUAAUUAAUGUAAAUUUUACCUUUGUACCUAGGCUAGGUUCUAUGCCCCCCUCCCCACCAUUCUCUGUGUCUUUCAUCCAGGCAAGCAAGAAGCAUUUUCAGAAUUCAGUGACAGAUUCCAGCCAGGCCAGAACACGAGUAGAGUACAAGGCAGGGUCAGUGAGGGGCAUGGCCUGGGGAGCAUUCCAAGGGCCAGAUAAGAGAGGUUUGGAGGGCCACAUUUAGCCCCAGGGCCUAAGGUUCACCACCCCUGCUCUAGGGGGUCUUAUUGAGUAACAACCUAAGUAAUUGCUAUUCACCAGCCUGGGAAGCUUCCUUAAGCCACAGUUCAUCCCAUAAAAGUAACAUGCUGCGGUGAAAUACCUUUCUGCAAGGAUGAGAACAAAACAAAAAUUUUGCACACUCACAUUAACGGGAAGUAGUUCUUUGCUGCUAUUCUCACAGCCACCAAAUAGGAUACUGGGUGAGUUCAGGGACUGGAACCUGUGGCCGUCCAUGUCUUGUUAGUUGCAACUUCCAUCAGGCCAAACCAGUGGUCAGGGAUUAUGGGAGUUGUACAACACUGGAGUGCCAUAGGUUCCCCUUUUCCUAACCUUGGUGUGCUUCUGGCCUGUUCUGCAAGUAUCUUAACACUUCGGAGGCUUGCCUCCACACUUGUGGCAGAAGAGGAAUACCGUGGCACUUCUGUAGCAUUUUCACAGCCCUGUAGCAUUUUUUUAUUAUAAAGAAACACCAAUUCAGAGUUGAAAUCUGAGAGUCCAUGUAGCUUAUCUCUGAAAGCAUUAAUGUUUCUCAUUUGGUAUAAAAUAAACCAUAUCUUCUAUUUAGCACAACUGCUGCCAGAAAUGGCUCCGCAUGUAUCUACUAUAGAGUCUGAAUUCACUACUAGCCUCUAUGGUCAAAGGGCCUGCUAUCAGAAACAUUCAUUUCAUGUUUUGCAGGAUGGGGAGUUUUGACCAAAGCAGCUGCUAAAAAGCAGUUUGUGGUCUUUAAGAGAAACUAUUUGCAUUAGCCUAUGCCAAGCUGUUUUCCUCCCGAUGUUUUGGACUACAACUCCCAUUAGGCUGUGCUGUUGUGCUGAUGGGAGUUGUAGUCCAAAAUAUCUGGAGCUCAAAUGCAUAAUUGCAAGGAUCUUUGCAUGGUAAUUACAGGUAUCCUGCUUUAAACUGGAGUUUAGCAUAUUGGAGUCGCCCAUCAGAAGAGGAAAGGGUUGGCGUACUCCUUUUUUUAAGAUCACGUUUUAUGGUGCAGCAUAUAUAUCAACAGAUACUUACAUAAUCCUUAAUUAGUGAUAUGAAUCCUAGUGACAAUGACUCAUCAGAAUGUAUCAUCAUUUACAGGCAAAAAGGAAUGUAAAGUGAAGUACUGAAGACACACAACUGACUGCAAACCUGGAUUUAUAGUUGUUGUUUUUGUGCUUGAUCCACCCAUAUUGUACCAAGGAGAGAGAUUUAUUUUUUUUAAAAAAAAUAAAGUUUGCAAUAUAUGCAGAUCUAUGGCUGUUCAAAUUACACACGUAAACAAGCUUUGUUCAGAACUAUUUUUUCUAAGACCCAGUGCAUCUGGGUUUUUGAUUUAAAUAUGGUGUAAACAUGUCUGAUACACAGUUUGGGGUGGGGGCAGGGAGCAAGCAAAAUACUACAUCAUGGACUGGAAGGCAUGGAAAGACUAUUCAAUCAACCUUUUGCACUACAAGAGGAUCCCUGUUCUAGUCAAUCUGAUUAUGGAAGUGCUGCAAGCAAGAAGGGCAUGAUAAAAUUGCACUUUUACCAGAGGUGCCUGAUUGACGAAAUAUGGAAUUAGUAAAUAAGCAGCCCUCCUUCUUUUCUCCUCAGUGUAAAUGCCUGUGGGAUAGUUAAAUUAGCUGUUAGUAUCAAUGUUGCCCCGAGGAUUUACUCGUUCCCUCCCUACUUACAGGAACAAAAUGCAAAGUAGAGCACUACAGCUAGAGCUUUGCUCAAGAUAGUUGGUUUUUGUUAAUUCCAGUUCUUGAAGAUUUGGGGCAAGGAAAUAUGAAGGCCCAGGGUGUCAGGACUCCAUAAUAGCCUUUGUUAAUUUGUGGCGGGAAAACAUAUUAAAAAAUAAUAAUACCCUGAACCCUGCCGUGUUGAGGAAUCUGUAACUGCAUGCCUGAUUUCCCUUCUGAACAUGCAUUUCCUAAUUGAGGCUUUG